GAGUGUUUGUCCUUUUAUUUCAGCGUGUAAUCGAUAAAGUUAGAGAAAAACGCUGUAGUUUUCUGUUUUUUAUCAGAUGUUUGGAAUUAUCUCUCAAUGCGAAGCCAUAACUGAAAGGAUUUCGUUUUACACUGCAAUAAGUCAUAAUAAUAUGGAAUUUUUUUAGUAAUAUUCUAUUUCCAGGUAUUUGACUAAUUUCUCACAUAGUUGCGUAAUGGAUUAACAAAAUAAAAGACAUUUUGUGAGAUAAUUUAUAUAUGAAAGCCAUUAAUAUUACCCAAUCACCUAAAUAAUAAGUCUAUAAAGUUGGCUUUAAAGUGUCCUAUUAUAUUAAUGUAUGAUUUCAUCCUGAUGAAUAUCUUUUAUCAGCCAAGUUUAAAUAUCAACUGAAGUGUACCAACUUCUAUAUCCGUUAUGUUUAUUGUUGAAUAAAUAUAGGGAAAUUUUAAGAGGCCACUUACUGGAACCUAUUGAUCACUUACAUCUGUCGUAUAGAUCUCUUAGAAAUUCUGACUAACCUGACUUUGAAUAUCUAAAUUGUUCAAUGAACUACCCUUUUACAAUAGUACUUAUUAAAAGAUAAUUUGAUACUCUACACUUGAUUUUAUAUUACCCAAAGAUUUAAAAGCCAAGUUCACCUUUUCUUCCCAAACUUCCCUAAUUUUUCAAGUUGAAGAUAUCACCUCAUCAUUCAAAUGAUCCAAUAUUUGAAAGAAGCAUGCGAUAGAAUUUUAUAUGCAUUUAUUUUAUAACUAUUUGUAUCAUAUUAUGAACAGUUCCCUAACCAACCACAACGUGAAUAAUAUCUUCAUAUUUUCUAAUGAUAGAUUUAUAACAGUUUUUUUUUCGCGAAUUAUAUCUCGCUUAUAGGUUUAAUAAAAUUUGUGAGUACCUUAUUUUGAUGUUGAAUAGAUUGAUUAGCUCUGGUUUUUGAUGUACAAAAUUACGUUGAAAACGCCGCUUUCGUGUAUUCAGUUAUUAUACACAUAAUUUCUUCAUUGAAGUUUAUUAUUAUAUUUCAUUUUAUAAUAGUCUGUCUUUUGUCUGAACGGUAUACUACGCACUAUAAAGUGCAAACAUUUCGAUAUAAAAAAUGAACUACUCAUAGUAAUAUCAGUAGUUAUAUAUAUGAUCUACAUAUUCUUCAGCAUACCAUGAAUAAUGUCAAUGCAGCCAAAUAGCUGAAAACUGUUGAUGAUAAUUGUUCAAAACCAGACAACGAAAUUGUAGUUUUGUAAUUCUAAAGCAAAAUCAUGACUAAAUGAAAGGAAAAACUGAUUAUAAAAUCUUCACGUUAAUGCAGCGAAUGUAGAUUUGUGUUCUUUUAAUUUAGUUAGAUCAGUAUCUUGUUUUUUGAUUGGCAGUUCUGUUCUUCACCAGCUGUCGAAAUAAUGUUGAAAAAGUAACGUUUUUGAAUUUAUCGGUUAAGUCAGGGUUGAAUUUUCUGUAUAAACAUAUGUAUAUUGUUAUUUCCUUGUACAAUCCAAAGUUUCGUCUAAAUAAGUUUUUUUCAAUCCACUUUUGUUGAACUAUUUAUAAUAACGAAAGAUAUUGUAAAUUAUAUCUCAAAACGUAAGCUUUUUGAUAAAGAUAUUUCUGAGCGAUCAAAAUUUCACAUAUAUUCAGUACUUAAUCCAUGUUAUCACUGCAUUAUAAAGUGAAUUGUCAACAAAGUAACUAGUUUAUCUGGCUACCCUACGACAUAAUGAGGUAUAUUAAUGUUGAUUCGGAGCUUACCUACACUUCUGUUAAACUAAAAUAUCAAAACUGUUUUUACUAACUCACCAUGAUUAUAAUUGUAUUUCACUGAAUAUUUCAACUAUAUACGUUUGAACGUAACCUCUUAAGUAAUGUAGACGUAGUAUGUUUUUUCACAAUUUCGUUAAAAAUGUUGUCAAGUGUGAUAACAAAGACUACCUAUUAGUCAUGUUUAAAUCAGUUAUCCUUGGAUUUUCAAACCGAGGUAUUUUUACUGAUCUAUAAUGAUUUUAAUAUCAGGUAAGUUUUAACUAUAGAAAUUUCUAUCUACAUAUUACAUGCUUUUACAAUAUAUUCUACUGCCAUAUAAAUCUUCAUUAAAAAAGUAUCUCUUCUUACUUUAGAUGAUUUUUUUGUCAUCUUUAAUCAUAAAACCAAUAAAUCAUAUGAUUAUGUUACAAUCUAAUCGGUUUAUUUCAAUUGGUGAUCGAAUAUCUCUUAUUAGAAAAAUUACAACUAAAGAUGUAAAGGAUUUUGCAAAACUUACUGGUGAUAUUAAUCCAAUUCAUUUAGAUUCGAAUUAUGCUAAACAAACACGUUAUCAAAAAUGUAUUGUACAUGGAAUCUUUGUUCAAGGUCUGAUUUCUUGUUUGCUUGGUGUACAUUUCCCUGGGACCGGAUGUGUUGUACAUGUAAUAAACUGUAAAUUCCCAGAACCACUAUUUGUCGAUGAAACAUGUCGAAUAGAAGCUGUAGUAUCUAAAUUACGCGGAAGAUUAGCUACUUUCGAUGUAAAUGCUUAUGCAUGGGAAAGAAAUGCGAAUGUUCUUAUUGGUUGUUUCGAUGUAUUUCUAACACGUGAACAACUUUCUUUAAAGCCACCAGUUGAUAAUGAAAUUGUCUAUCAUAGUGAUUAA